CAGAUUCAGGCCUGGGAGCCGAUCAUGCCAGUGCACAGACUUCCUGGAUGGCUGGAUGCUGCGGCCUGUGGGCUCCUGGUUCUCCUCCUCCAUGUGAAGGGUCUUGACUCAUCAGAGGCCAGCCCCAUCAGAAACACACAUACUGGACAGGUCCGAGGCAAGUUUGUCCACUUGACAGACAUCAAAGCUGGAGCCCAUAACUUCCUGGGGAUCCCCUUUGCCAAGCCUCCUGUAGGACCACUGCGCUUUGCACCUCCUGAGGCCCCUGAGCCAUGGAGUGGUGUGAGAGAUGGGACCUCACAGCCGGCCAUGUGUCUACAAAAUGAUGAUAUAGUGAAUUUAGAGGGUCUGAAGAUAAUAAAGAUGAUCCUGCCUCCCUUCUCUAUGUCUGAGGACUGCCUGUAUCUCAACAUCUACACACCAGCCCACGCCCAGGAGGGCUCUAACCUGCCUGUGAUGGUGUGGCUCCAUGGUGGUGGACUGGUUGCAGGCAUGGCUUCCAUGUAUGAUGGAUCCGUGCUGGCAGCCACUGAGGAUGUGGUGGUGGUGGUUACUCAGUACCGCCUGGGAAUCCCGGGCUUUUACAGCACUGGAGAUGAGCAGGCCAGAGGCAACUGGGGAUUCUUAGACCAAACAGCUGCCCUACACUGGGUCCAGCAGAACAUUGCCAACUUUGGAGGCAACCCUGAUUCUGUCACACUUUUUGGCCAGUCAGCAGGUGGCACAAGUGUGUCUUUCCAUGUCUUGUCCCCCGUGUCCCAAGGACUCUUCCAUAGAGCCAUCAUGGAGAGUGGGGUGGCCCUGCUGCCUACCAUUAUACCUGACUCCCCUGAGAUGAUCUUCACAAAGGUGGCAAACCUAUCUGGUUGUGAAACUUCAAACUCAGAAGCCCUGGUGCGCUGCCUUCGAGGCAAGAGUGAAGCAGAAAUUCUGGCUAUGAGCAAGGCCUUCAGGUUUAUGCCUGCUGUGGUGGAUGGGAAAUUCCUACCCAGACAUCCCAAGAAGUUGCUGGCCUCUGCUGACUUUCACCCUGUCCCCAGCAUUAUUGGUGUCAACAAUGAUGAGUAUGGCUGGAUUAUCCCUAAGAUCUUCAAAUUUUCUCAGACAAUAAGGAAAAUAAAUAGAAAUAACUUGAAGGCUAUUAUGAAGAUCACAACAGAGCAAAUGAUGCUGCCUUCUGAGUGUGGUGACCUGCUAAUAGAAGAGUACUUAAGAGACACUGAGGACCCCUGGACACUCCAAAUGCAGUUCAGAGAGAUGAUAGGGGACUUCUUAAUUAUAAUCCCUGCACUCCAAGUAGCACGUUUUCAGCGUUCCCAUGCUCCUGUCUACUUCUAUGAGUUCCAGCAUAGGUCCAGUUUACUCAAGUAUUUCAGGCCAUGGCAUGUUAAGGCUGACCACGGUGAUGAGCUUUACCUUAUCUUUGGAUCCUUCUUCUGGGGCCUCAAAUUUAGCUUCACUGCGGAGGAGAAGCUGCUGAGCAGGAAGAUGAUGAAAUACUGGGCCAACUUUGCACGAUAUGGGAACCCCAACAGUGAGGAUCUACCCUACUGGCCAGCGUCAAACCAAGAUGAUCUGUACCUGCAGCUGGACAUCCACCCUUCUGUGGGCCAUGCCCUGAAGGCCAGAAGGCUGCCAUUCUGGACCAAGACUCUUCCCCAGAAGAUGCUAGAGCUAAAAGGAAAUCACGAUAAAAUCAAGGCUGUAUAGUGCCCAGGAAAGGGUGUUUGUAGACACUAUGACACUCACACCUGCAUGAACAUCUAACAUCUGUGAAGAUCUUUUGCUAUUGUGUGUCACAUGGGUGUAAAGUAGAGAAGGUAGAAACGUGCAGACAUGUCUAACAGAAGACAUUCCUGUGUCUGGAACCUUGACUGAUGGCUUCACCAUGUGCAUGAGUAUCUUCUUGUUUUAAAGAAAUCCUCCUCAUUCUUUUUUUAAUUGGAUAUUUUCUUUAUUUAAAUUUCAAAUAUUAUCCCCUUUCCCGGUCCAUCCCAAAACUCCCUCUCCCCUCCCCCUCCCCCUCCCCCUUCCCCUGAUUUUGUUCCCCCACCCACCCACUCCUGACCAGAGUGCCCUGACACACUCCCACCUCCCUGCCCUGGCAUUCCCCUACACUGGGGAGUCAAGCCUUCACAGGACCAAGAACUUCUCCUCCCACUGAUGCCCAACAAGGUCAUCCUCUGCUACAUAUGUGGCUGGAGCCAUAAGUCCCUCCAUGUGUACUCUUUGGUUGGUGUUUUAGUCCCUGGGAACUCUGGGGGGUCUGGUUGGUUGAUAUUGUUGUUCUUCCUAUGGGGUUGCAAACCCCUUCAGCUCCUUCAGUCCUUUCUCUAACUCCUCCAUUGGACACCUCAUGCUCAGUCCAAGAGUUGGCUGUGAUCAUCUGCCUCUGUAUUUGUCAGACUCUGGCAGAGCCUCUUAGGAGACUGCUAUAUCAGGCUCCUGUCAGCAAGCACUUCUUGGCAUCCACAAUAGUGUCUGGAUUUGGUGACUGGAUAUGGGAUGGAUCCCCAAGUGGAGCAGUCUCUGGAUAGCCCUUCCUCCAGUCUCUGCUCCACACUUUGUCUCAAUAUUCUUCCUGUGAGUAUUUUGUUCCCCCUUCCAAAAAGAUCUGAAGCAUCCACACUUCGGUCUUCCUUCUUCUUGAGCUUCAUGUGGUCUAUGAAUUGUAUCUUGGGUAUUCCAAGUUUUGGGGCAUUCUUAAGUUACUGUUGUACUUAAACGUCUCAACCCUAGCAACUCAAGGCCUCUUUUAUAUUGUCGUUUACAAUGAUGCUAAACCAUACCUUAUGUUCCCCCAAAGCAUCUGUCACUGAAAGGGUGUGUCCUGUUGUCCUAUUGAUCUUUGAAUUUCUCAUCCGAUACCUCUGGCCAAUUUGCCUUCCUUGGGCAUCAGUUUUCCCAGGACAAAAUCCCUUUUCAUCCAGCACCUAUGGAUGAGAGUGAAGACACCUACAUUGCCUCUUUCGGACACUAGGGCACAGAUGAGGAGAGUGCUAAGCCCUGGCACAGUGACUGAGCCCAUAGUUUUCAUUCACCCUGAGAAUCCCUCCAUGCCCCCAAGCUCUGCUUUCUGUUGCUGUACUUUGCACCUGGAGAUGGCUUGGGAACCCUGUAUCACUUCCUGUCUUCUGUAAGCAGAAGCACUGGUAUUUAGCUGCCAUCCGGCAGAUCAUGCUUGAGAUGAAAUUAAGCAAUUCUAAUUCAGGUAUAUAAUCUCCUCUCAGCAGCUGCACAUCUGAGUCACUUCCAUGAAAAGACUCUGCUUUGGUUAGGAGAUGCAAUGUUUUUUGAGGGAAAGCUCUCACUAUGUAACCCAGUCUGGGGUCCCAUCCACUGUUCUCCUACCUCAGUCUCUGGAGUACUGGGAGUGCAGACAAGCAUCACCACGCAUUCCUAGGCAAUAUUUUAUGGACAACUUCAAACAUAGCAUUAUGUGACCAAUGCCUUUCAAUUCUUUUGAUGAAAAUAUUGGUACAGCUAUGUGUAUGUUUAACUUUGAAAGGUUAUGCAGGCUGAUCAGAUGGCUCAAUGGGGGAAAGACACUUGUUACCAAACUUGAUGACCUGAGUUUGAUUCCCAGGACCCACACAGUAGAAGGAAAGAACUCAUUCUCAGAAAUAUGGUGCCAAACUAUCUUCUGAAAUGACUGUAUCAUCUUUCAACCCAUUCAGACAUAUGUGGGGUGCCAGCUGCUGCACAUCCCCACCUGCACUGGGACUUGGGCAUCAUUAGUAUGGUUGCAUAUGUUUAAGUAUUCUCAUUAUUACUGUAAUUUGAUGUGCAAUAUUAACCAGGUGUAAAAUCACAUGCAGAUAAAUGAAUGGAACAAGAAAAUAUACUAAGUGAAGUAACCCAGACCUAAAAAUACAAUGUGCUUUCUUAUUUGUGGAUCAUAGUUCUCAAUCUUUAAAUGUGAUUAUAAUAAUAUAACAAUAUAAAUAUUGCAGGUGUAAAUGGUGUCAGAGGGUCCAGAAAUGUCUCACAGAAUGAGAUGGCUGUUCCCUGAGCAUGUCCACGUAUGGGGGGGCACAUCUUCCCCCUGAGACCUCCUGGAUCUGCCAGGCACUACUACUAUCUCAUCUCCUGUGGUUUCAUUGCUUGCCUUACUGUCAUCUCUACACUCUCAUGCUUUAUGUCAUUUUACAAAGGUGACUAAUCUAUUUACCCCUAUGUUCCCCAAAGUAUUUUCCCUCUGUCAUUGAGAGGCUGAAUCCUUCAUUCACUAGACCCUGAUGGUACCCCAGAUUCCUACCUGUGACCAACUUGACCCCUGGGGUACAAAAGUUCAUUCCUGGCUUGCCAAAGUCCUUCUUCUUCAUGCACUUUGUUGAAGACUGGACCACUGAAACAUUAAGGAUCCAGUGAAGAGUCUUACAGUUCACCUUUCAAACACCAGGAGACAGAUGGGAGAUGAGGCUAUCUUUUAGCCUUGGUCCUUCUUUCCACAAAGCAGAACCUGAAUGCCUUCUUCAUUUCACAUUUUCACUGUGGCCAUGGCCAUCAUUGACACGGGGCCUCUGAGUGAUGGUGCAGUGAGGAGCAGAGCACACAGGGAUUUCCCCAGCUGAGCUACAGAAAUGUCUGGGAUUAAGAAGCACAGGGACACCCAGCAUCCAUUGGGAUCUGGCUUCUCCAUCCCAAGAUUGGAGGAACCGGGAACUUCUCAGCCCUCAUGGUCCAGCAAUUCUUUGUUCAGGGAACUUGGUAUAGAGAGAACAGCUACCAAGAAAGGCUUAGACGACAGACAGGACAAGAGUACAUUGGAGGGGUGAAAUUGAAUCAAAGAAGCCCCUGUUGCUUAGAGAAGGAAGGAAAAAACAUGCUGGGUUAUGCCAGGGAAGCAGAGAGACACAACGAAGAAGUCCUGUAGUGACAUUCUGUAGGCUCUGGAUUAGUAUUUGGAUAAUAAAGACUGUAAUCAUAAUUUGUAAUCAAGGUUAAUUCUCACUAAAUACUAUCUGACACUGAGACCCACGAAACUUCCUCCAGAGAGUCAGGCUGGACUGGAUAUGGGCUCCUGGUCAUGCAUUCCUUAAUUUAACCUGCCAGGCUUCUUUGUAAUUCUGAAACUUCUAUUUAUACAUUGAUGUAUUUGGCUUUAUCAUAGAUUUAACCCAGUAUUGGAACCAUUAAGGCCCAAUUAAAUACUGGUCAUAUGGAUAAGAAUGAGAUUGACUAGGGUGUGGUAAGAAAAUGUCCCUCCAACCCUGAUGACCCAAGUAUCACUUUGUGGUCCACACAGUAUGAGAAUACGAACUUACACAAAUUCUCCUUUUAUCUCCAUAUGUGAUCCAUGGCAUGGAAGAACCUUCAUAAUAUAUACAUGAGCACAAUACAUAAAUAAAUGCAAACAUUAAAAAUAUCGAUUAAGUUAAUAAAUAACUGUGAAGUUGAUCUUGGCCAGCAGAGGAGACACAUCAUAAUGAACAGGGGCUGCGGACUUGAAAUGCUCCAGAAUUGCAGUGUGUUAUGAUGAAAGGAAUGUAACCUAACAAGGAGGGUCCAUGUAUACCCUAAUAUCAUCAUAGGGACCAGGGACCCUGGAAGCAGACUCAGAAAACUGAGUUUUCAAAGGUCAGGGGAGUCUUGAAAAUGAAUGUCACACUCAGAGCUCCCGCAUUUGCCUGAUUCUCCUGUGACAUCUUGACUAUGACCUUCUCACUGUUAGAGCUCCUGUUAGCGCUUCCUGCCCAGGUGAGGGGACAGCAUUUCUGGUAUCCCAGAUGAUCUCUAGAAUCCAUGAUAUGCCUUUCUGGGAGGCCAAAGAGGGAACAGAAACAGCAGAGGCAACCCUGAUGGCUAUUCUUGCUAUCAACUUGACUACAUCUAGAAUCUGGAAAUGGAGAGUACACCAGUGAGAGGUUGUUUGCUUGGUUUGAAGUAGACAAAUUUACUUUUAGUCUGAACAUUUGAGGUAAGGAAGCACAUGCCUGUCCCUAGGAGGAACAACAAUAUGAACUAACCAGUAACCCCAGAGGUCCCUGGGACUAAACCACCAAUCAA